GGAUAAAAUAUACAAUGUAUAGCUACAAAACGUAUUUUUCUGGUUGUUUACGCUGAACAGUCAUUUUUUAAAAGACUUUUAUUUUGUAAAACGAAUUGCCUGUACAGUGCGUCACUUUGACGUAAGAUAUGUUACAUCAUAAUGUUCACAUGCACGCUGUCUGUCACGCACAGCAGUUCAACCGGCAGGAAAGGAGCAGUUUCAUUCCAGCGUUCAGCAGAAAACUACAAAAAAAGUCAAGAUGACCGCCUUGGAAUACGAAGACAAUGAAUCCAAGUUCAUCAGAAAAGCCAAAGAGAAUCCGUUUGUCCCUAUAGGGAUGGCCGGGUUCUUCGGCAUUGUGGCUUACAGGCUGUACAAGAUGAAGAGUCGAGGAGACACGAAGAUGUCUGUGCACCUGAUUCACAUGCGUGUCGCUGCGCAGGGCUUCGUGGUGGGAGCCAUGACUUUAGGAGUGGUCUACUCCAUGUACAGAGAGUACGUUCUUAAACCCGCUCAAGCACAGAAAGCUUUGGAGCAGAAGGCAAUGGAAAAGUAAAGAGAAAUGUGUUUGAUUCCUGAGAUAUCCUUAAUACUGCUUCAUAUUAAGGUGUCAUUCUUUUUUUUAUUUAUUGCUGACAUAAUUUAGGACUUUUUUUUUUUUUUUAAUAAUAAAUAAUUUCUUUACACUGUUUCCUAUUUAAACAUUUAAUAAACCUCAGUAAAGAGGUUAGUGUAUCCAUUAUGUUGCCUGGCUUGUAAGGGAUGAAAAAAUAGCUAUUUUUGUAUCUGCCAACUACUAUUUAUGUAUCAUAUCAGUAACAAACUGAUGAACACAGUAUAAAAUGGUUGUUUUUGAAUAUAUUUGGAUUGAUUUAUGUCGAUGUUUCAGAGUGUGGUGUUAAGACCUUCGUACUUUGUCAUUCAAGACUUGUUCUUGUAUCAUUUAAGUAGACAAAAGAAAUUCCAGGACAACAACCUUCAAUGAACCAUUAUUCUAGUUAUAUCUGUGAAAUGUAUAAUGCACAGAACACAAUGAGGGGACUUUGCCACAGCUAAAUUAUUAAUGGUACUAGUUCUUUAGAGCUUUACAGGAGUUGAUCCAACUCUUUCACGUUUGCUCGGUCAUUUUAAAGCGUGUCUGUGUGUGUGAGUGAGUGGAAGGAACGAGAGUCGUGUGUUCUUUUGUAGAUUGAUUGAUGGAUUGAAAAAACUAUUGCACCUUUUGUUUCAUAUUUCAAGUAAAAUUCACAAUAUUAUACUUUUAGAGUGAUCAAUAUUUUGAGGAUAUCGGCUACAGCUCUGUUUAUCUUUGCCAAUAAAAAUAUUGUAAUUCCAAUAAAGACUUCUGUUUAUUUCA